GAGGGAUCCAGCUGUGCCGAGCGCUCGGCUCGGCGCGGCCGCCCGCGGGAGCAUCCUCCGCCGCCGCCCGUCCCCGGGGCACCGGGCAGCACCCCCCGCCCCGGGCAGAUGUUGGGGUGCGGAGGGGGCAGGCACAGCCGCUAAGGCGGCCCGGCCCCGCGGGUGGGGGGCCAGCAACCGGCAGCGGGGGCCGCCCCGCAGCCGCCUCCUCCCUGCCCGCGGCUCGCCCGGUUCGGGCCCCCCGGAGGCACGGCGAGGAGGAGCUACGGAGCCCGCAGACGGCAGGGCAGGGCGAGGGGGGCGGCCCGGCCCCGGCGGGGGGCUAGGCAGCGGCUCGCCCGGCCAUGCCACCCCGGCGCUGAAGCCGCCCCGCCGCAGCCCCCAGCCCCCCGGCCCCGCCAUGGCCGCACCCCUCUAGGCGCCCCACCGGCUCGCCCCGCGUCGUCCCGGCUCCCCCCGGGGCCGCCGGCCGGAGGAUGGACGAGGAUGGACCGCGAGCGGCCGAGGAGGAGCCGGAGCCGGGCAAAGCCAAGACUUUCAUCCGCCUUAAUGACCUGUCCGGGGCCGGGGGCUGCCCGGGGCCGGGGGACAGGGAAGCGGGCAGCGGCGACUCGGAGGCGGAGGCGCUGCCUUACCCGGCGCUGGCCCCCGUCGUCUUCUUCUACCUGAGCCAGGACAGCCGGCCGCGGAGCUGGUGCCUCCGGCUGGUCUGUAACCCGUGGUUCGAGAGGGUGAGCAUGCUGGUGAUCCUGCUCAACUGUGUGACACUGGGCAUGUUCCACCCCUGCGAGGACAUCGCCUGCGACUCUCCGCGCUGCAGGAUCCUCCAGAGUUUUGAUGAUUUCAUCUUUGCCUUCUUUGCCGUGGAAAUGAUCGUCAAGAUGAUCGCACUGGGGAUUUUUGGGAAGAAAUGUUACCUGGGAGAUACGUGGAACCGCCUGGACUUCUUCAUUGUCAUCGCGGGGAUGCUGGAGUAUUCCCUGGACCUGCAGAAUGUCAGCUUCUCAGCGGUCCGCACCGUCCGUGUCCUGCGGCCACUCAGGGCCAUUAACAGGGUCCCCAGUAUGCGCAUCCUGGUGACGCUCCUUUUGGACACGCUGCCCAUGCUGGGGAACGUCCUCCUCCUCUGCUUCUUCGUCUUCUUCAUCUUUGGCAUUGUGGGAGUCCAGUUGUGGGCAGGUUUGCUCAGGAACCGCUGCUUCCUUCCCGAGAACUUCAGCAUCCCCUACACGGUGGAUUUGGAGAGAUACUACCAGACAGAGAACGAAGACGAGAACCCUUUCAUCUGCUCCCAGCCCAGGGAGAAUGGGAUGCGCUACUGCCGGAGUAUCCCAACGCGGAGGGAGGAGGGUCUUGAGUGCACCCUGGAUUAUUAUUCCUACAACGACACCACCAACACAUCCUGUGUCAAUUGGAACCAGUAUUACACCAACUGCUCCGCCGGGGAGCACAACCCCUUCAAGGGAGCCAUCAACUUUGAUAACAUUGGCUAUGCCUGGAUUGCGAUAUUUCAGGUCAUCACGCUGGAAGGUUGGGUGGACAUCAUGUACUUUGUCAUGGAUGCACACUCCUUCUACAACUUCAUCUACUUCAUCCUCCUGAUCAUUGUGGGCUCCUUCUUCAUGAUCAACCUCUGCCUGGUGGUGAUAGCAACGCAGUUCUCCGAGACGAAGCAGCGCGAGAGCCAGCUGAUGAAGGAGCAGCGAGUGCGCUACCUGUCCAAUGCCAGCACCCUCGCCAGCUUUUCAGAGCCAGGCAGCUGCUACGAUGAACUCCUCAAGUACUUGGUUUACAUUGUCCGUAAAGGCAGCAAGCAGCUCGUGGAGCUCUACCGGGUGGCGGGGGUGAGGAUGGGCUUCCUCGCCAGCCCCACGAGCAAAGCAGGGUCUGACCGGCAUGCCAGGAAGCACCGGAGGAGGAAGAGGUCCUCAGUGCACCACCUCAUCCACCACCAUCACCACCACCACCACCACUAUCACCUGGGCAAUGGGAACCUGCGGGCACCUCGUGCCAGCCCCGAGAUCAGCGAUGUGGAGACCAGCUCACUUCACAAUGGGACCAACCGGUUGAUGCUCCCCCCUACAGCAUCAACUGCCCAUGGGACCCCCAGUGCUGCUCCCAGCAACACCGAGUCUGUCCACAGCAUCUACCAUGCUGACUGCCACUUCGAGCCAGUGCGCUGCCGAUCAUCCCUUCCGCAGCCAGGCCUUGGCUUGCCAAGCCCUGAGGGGAUCCCCAAGAACAUUGUGGGCAGCAAAGUGUACCCCACGGUGCACCCCAGUACCUCCCAUGAGAUGCUGAAGGAGAAGAACCUUGGGGAAGCAGCGGUUGGUGGUGGGAGCAGCACCCUGACAAGCCUCAACAUCCCACCAGGGCCGUAUAGCACCAUGCACAAGCUGCUGGAGACCCAGAGUACUGGAUUCUUUUCAGUCCACGUUACAGAGAAAGGCGAUAGCUUUCCAGGGCCUUGCCAAAGCUCCUGCAAGAUCCCCAGCCCCUGCACCAAGCUGGACGGUGGCUCCUGCAGCCCCGAGAGCUGUCCCUACUGCCUCAAGGCGCUGGCAAGUGAAGCUGAGCUGACGGACAACGAGACGGCCGACUCGGACAGCGAUGGGGUCUACGAGUUCACGCAGGAUGCUCACUACAGCGACCAGCGGGACCCGCAGCGGGGCAGGGCUCGCGCCAGGAGAGCAAGCCGGGUGCUGGCCUUCUGGCACGUGGUGUGCGAGACCUUCCGCAAGAUCGUGGACAGCAAGUAUUUCGGCCGUGGCAUCAUGGUGGCCAUUCUCAUCAACACGCUGAGCAUGGGGAUCGAGUACCACGAGCAGCCAGAGGAGCUUACCAACGCCCUGGAGAUCAGCAACAUAGUCUUCACAAGCCUCUUUGCCCUGGAGAUGCUAUUGAAAGUCCUUGUUUAUGGCCCUUUUGGCUACAUUAAGAAUCCAUACAACAUCUUUGAUGGGAUCAUCGUGGUGAUUAGUGUGUGGGAGAUCGUGGGCCAGCAAGGCGGGGGGCUCUCAGUCCUGCGGACCUUUCGGCUUAUGCGAGUUUUGAAGCUGGUCCGCUUCAUGCCAGCCCUCCAGCGCCAGCUCGUAGUCCUCAUGAAGACCAUGGACAACGUGGCCACCUUCUGCAUGUUGCUGAUGCUCUUCAUCUUCAUCUUUAGCAUCCUGGGGAUGCACCUCUUUGGCUGUAAGUUCGCUUCAGAGAGAGAUGGGGACACGCUGCCUGACAGGAAGAACUUUGACUCCUUGCUUUGGGCCAUCGUCACCGUUUUCCAGAUUUUGACCCAGGAAGACUGGAACAAGGUUCUUUACAAUGGAAUGGCUUCAACCUCCUCCUGGGCUGCUCUCUACUUCAUUGCUCUCAUGACGUUUGGGAAUUAUGUUCUCUUUAACCUGCUGGUGGCCAUCCUGGUAGAGGGUUUCCAAACAGAGGAGAUCUCCAAGCGAGAAGACGCGAGUGGGCAGUUAAGCUGUAUUCAGCUGCCUGUCGACUCGUCGGGGAAAGGCAAACUGGGAGUGCAAGACCAGGGUGAUGCUUCCAAGUCGGAUUCGGAGGGGGAUCUCUAUCACCGCAGCCUGGAAGAAGAGGGAGGACUUAAGAAAAACUUGUCAAAUCCAGCCUUGAUGGCCCUGACUGAUUACCCAGAGCUGAAGAAGAGCCUGACCCCACCACUCAUCAUACACACCGCUGCCACACCGAUGCCCAUGCCCAAGAGUGCCAUGUUCGGAGACUCAGCACAGGGCUACGAGUCCCGCCGGGCCAGUGGCGUCUCCAUGGACCCCACUGCCUACGAGCUCAAGUCCCCGCCCAGUGCCCGCAGCUCCCCGCACAGCCCCUGGCGCGCCAGCAGCAGCUGGAACAGCCGCCGCUCCAGCUGGAACAGCAUCGGCAGAGCCCCCAGCCUCAAGCGCCGUGGGCAGAGCGGCGAGCGCCGGUCCCUCCUCUCCGGGGAAGGCAAGGAGAGCUCGGAGGAAGGGGAGAGCUCGGAUGAGGAGCGCUCCAGCCGGGCCGGCAGCUUCAAUGGCUCUUUGACUCAGCGCAUGGAGUCGCUGGAAACGAAAGGUUCCUUCGACCUCCAGGAUACGCUGCAGGUGCCUUCCCUAUACCGGACCAGCAGCAUGCACAGCAGCCGAACCACCACCUCCGAGCACCAGGACUGCAAUGGGAAGACCUCUCCGGGUCUGCUGCUGCACCAGCUCCACCUGGAUGACCCCCGACAGGACUGUGAUGAUGGUGAUGAUGAAGGCAACAUGAGCAAAAAGGACCGCAUGAAGGCGUGGAUACGGGCACGGCUCCCGACCUGCUGCAAAGAGAGAGAUUCCUGGUCCAUCUAUGUCUUCCCUCCUCACUCAAGAUUCCGUCUGAUGUGCAAUAAAAUCAUCACACACAAGAUGUUUGAUCAUAUCGUCUUGGUGAUCAUUUUCCUGAACUGCAUUACCAUUGCCAUGGAACGACCCAAAAUUGAGCCUCACAGUGCCGAACGGAUUUUCCUAACACUCUCCAAUUACAUCUUUACAGUUAUCUUCCUGACUGAGAUGACAGUUAAGGUGGUGGCACUAGGCUUGUGUUUUGGGGAGAAAGCCUACUUGAAAAGCAGCUGGAACGUGCUGGAUGGGGUGCUGGUUCUCAUCUCCGUCAUCGACAUCCUGGUCUCAAUGGUGUCAGACAGCGGCACGAAAAUCCUGGGAAUGCUGCGGGUUUUGAGGCUGCUGAGGACACUGCGGCCCUUAAGAGUCAUCAGUCGAGCCCAAGGACUAAAGCUGGUGGUGGAGACUCUCAUGUCAUCCCUGAAGCCCAUUGGAAACAUCGUGGUCAUCUGCUGUGCCUUUUUUAUAAUCUUUGGAAUCCUGGGAGUUCAGCUUUUCAAAGGCAAGUUUUUUGUCUGCCAGGGGGAGGACACCAGAAACAUCACAAAUAAAUCGGAUUGUACAGAAGCAAGCUACAAAUGGGUCCGGCACAAGUAUAACUUUGAUAAUCUCGGCCAGGCCCUGAUGUCUCUCUUUGUUCUGGCCUCCAAGGACGGGUGGGUGGAUAUCAUGUACGAUGGCUUAGAUGCGGUGGGAGUUGACCAGCAGCCAGUCAUGAAUUACAAUCCAUGGAUGCUCCUUUACUUCAUCUCCUUCCUGCUGAUCGUGGCCUUCUUUGUCCUCAACAUGUUUGUGGGGGUAGUGGUGGAGAACUUCCACAAGUGUCGGCAGCAUCAGGAGGAGGAAGAAGCCAAGAGGCGGGAGGAGAAGAGGCUUCGCCGGCUGGAGAAAAAGAGAAGGAGUAAGGAGAAACAGAUGGCUGAUCUAAUGCUGGAUGAUGUAUUAAUGGAGAGCUCAGCCAGUGCAGUGCAAGAAGCACAGUGUAAGCCCUACUAUUCGGAUUACUCCCGCUUCCGUCUCCUGAUCCACCAGAUGUGCACCAGCCAUUACCUGGACUUGUUCAUCACCGGAGUGAUUGGCCUCAAUGUGAUCACCAUGGCCAUGGAGCACUACCAGCAACCAAAGGUUCUUGAUGAAGCCCUGAAGAUUUGCAAUUACAUCUUCACCGUUAUCUUUGUCCUGGAGUCUGUUUUCAAGCUCAUUGCCUUUGGGUUUCGUCGCUUCUUCCAAGACAGAUGGAACCAAUUAGAUCUGGCUAUUGUGCUGCUGUCUAUCAUGGGCAUCACUUUGGAAGAGAUUGAGGUGAACGCUUCUCUACCGAUUAACCCCACUAUUAUCCGAAUCAUGAGGGUUCUCAGGAUUGCCCGAGUGCUGAAGCUGCUGAAGAUGGCUGUAGGGAUGAGAGCCCUGCUGGACACCGUGAUGCAAGCGCUGCCGCAGGUGGGGAAUCUGGGUCUUCUCUUCAUGUUGUUGUUUUUCAUAUUUGCAGCUCUUGGAGUGGAGCUGUUUGGAGACCUUGAGUGUGAUGACACGCAUCCCUGCGAGGGGCUGGGACGGCACGCCACGUUCAGGAACUUUGGGAUGGCUUUUCUGACCCUCUUCCGAGUAUCCACCGGAGACAACUGGAAUGGGAUAAUGAAGGACACGCUGCGAGACUGUGACCAGGAGUCUACCUGUUACAACACUGUCAUUUCACCCAUCUACUUCGUCUCCUUCGUGCUGACAGCCCAGUUUGUCCUGGUGAACGUGGUGAUUGCUGUGCUUAUGAAGCACUUGGAGGAGAGCAACAAGGAGGCAAAGGAGGAGGCAGAACUGGAAGCGGAGCUGGAGAUGGAAAUGAAGACAAUCACUCCUGGCCAGCACAGCCCCUCGGACAUCUUCGCAUGGACAGGCAGCGCUGGUGGAGAGAGACCUGAGAGCCCCCAAGGCUGUACCAAUCCCAUGCAAAUCAAGGAAAGGCACUUGUUUGAUACCAUAUCACUGCUGAUCCAGGGAUCUCUGGAUGGAGAGCUGAAGCUGAUGGACAACCUGUCAGGCUCUGUGUACCAUCAUUAUGCCCUCCCAGCUCCCGAAUAUUACAACUCUGAGAACCAGAUCCCUCUAGCUGAGAUGGAGGCUCUGUCUCUGACGUCAGAUAUUCUCUCUGAAAAGUCCUGGUCCUUAGCUCUGACGGAUGACUCUUUUCCUGAUGAUACUAACACACACUUACUUAAUGCUCUGGAAAGCAAUGCUGAUCUCCGCUCCAAAGACGACACGCUGACCCUGUCUCCCAGCAAGGACCUGCUGAGUGUGAGGAAGCCUUCGGUGGGGCGCACACACUCUUUGCCAAAUGACAGCUACAUGUUCCAGCAGCCGUACUCCAGCCCCUGCCCUGCUUCCCUGGCUGAGAGGAACCCGGCACACCACAAGUCCCAAUCAGGUUCCAAGGCAUCGGUGCAGUCACAGCCAGCGGACACCAGCUCUCUCCUGCAAAUUCCAAAAGACCAUUUUCACUACAUGAGAGCUCAUGACUAUUUGGUGAGGGAGAGCAAGCCCCAUGUUUCCCAGCAGGUUCACUCUCCUUCUGCUGAAAGGCUGCUCCGCAGACAGAUGGCUAUCCGGAACGACUCAUUGGACAGCAAGGAAAAUCUCCACACUGAGGUGAGUGAACUCUCUGACCCAAAUGUCCCCGCUGUGCCCAAGGAGGAGUCAUCAGUGGCUCUGACGCCCUCAGAAGCGAAUGAGGCGGCUGCAUGGAGCCGGGCAAGCGUCCGUACGCAGCAGCAUUCCCACAAUCAGUAUAAUAUUUCAAAGCAGGCACCAGCAUCGUGUGCUGCUUGUGCAGACUCGUGUCAGGAGACACCUGGAGAUUCAAUGGACCAAGAAGUGUCUGAAAUAAACAGUUCCUCGGAGCCUUCAGAAACUUGUACAGCCUCGAGUGCCUGUUCAGAGGUUCAGCCUCUCACUCCUAAGAGGAACAUAGGCAAUACCGGCAACGUGACAUUGAAGGACCUGAAGAAGUACCACAGUGUAGACACCCAGGGUCUUCUCAAAAAACCACCCUCUUGGUUGGAUGAUCAAAGGAGACAUUCAAUCGAAAUUUGUUCGAUGGAAAACAGCCCCCAGCACCAUUCCACUUCUAGCUCUUCUGGCUUCAUAAGUCAGGUGGUAAGUGAAAUGGAAGGCUUGCAAGGGACACGGCAGAAGAAAAAACUGAGCCCUCCAUGUAUAUCUAUAGAUCCACCCGAUGGACAGAGUUUGCUACCUAGAGGACCUCACAGCAUCUCACCUGCCAGUGGAGACGUUUGCUUGAGACGGCGUGCUCCAUCUUGUGAGUCCAAGGAUUCCAUGGAUAUAGGGGAUUCGUUGCUUCCAGACAGUAUGUCAACAUCUCCUACCCCAAAGAAAGACUUGUUGACACUUCCUAGCUUUUCCUUUGAUCAGACGGAAACGGACCCCUGAGUUACUUUUCUGUUGGUGCCAAAUGUUUUCCUCCUUUCAUGUAAUAGAAAAAGAAGAACCUAAAGAAACUCUGUAUUCCAAAAUGGCACUGGGUAACAAAUUUCCAAAGAAAGAUUAAAGAACCAGCUGGUUAAAGAAGUGGUUAACCUAUAUCACGCUUACUUAAGCAUAUGUUCUGCUUAGGUAAAAGCAAUACAAUGUGCAGAAUCUAUAUGUAUAUUAUAUUUUAUUAAAUUAAUUGAAUCUA